AAGAAGACGGGAACGCCGUGGAUGUGAGCUCGCCACAAGAGCUGAGAUUUGAGCAGCCUUACACAUAUUUUCUUCCGCUUCCAACAAUGUAAUAGUGCUGCUGUUCGCCGCCAUGUGAUUUGUAAACAUCAUUUCAGUUUUACGGCGGACGAACCAGGGAACAUUCCGGAAGGGAACGACGAGGAAGAAGAAGCAAAUGCGAGCAGCUACACCAGCAGCUAGCGCCAGGGUCCUGAUGGUGUGUUUAACGGGGUGAAGAAGCCUCGUCCAGACAGCGCGACCUCCACAGUCCUCUCCUCAGACAACCGCCGUGCAGCCGUCAUGUCCAUCGCCAACACGCCCACCAGCAACGACGCCUGCCUGAGCAUCGUCCACAGCCUAAUGUGUCACAGGCAGGGCGGCGAGAGCGAGAGCUUCGCCAAGCGGGCCAUCGAGAGCCUGGUGAAGAAGCUCAAGGAGAAGAAGGACGAGCUCGACUCGCUCAUCACCGCCAUCACCACCAACGGCGCCCAUCCAAGCAAGUGCGUGACCAUCCCCAGGACGCUGGAUGGACGACUGCAGGUGGCUGGGCGCAAAGGUUUCCCGCACGUGGUCUAUGCCAAGCUGUGGCGCUGGCCCGACCUGCACAAGAAUGAACUGAAGCACGUCAAAUACUGCCAGUUUGCCUUCGACCUCAAGUGUGACAGCGUGUGUGUCAACCCGUACCACUAUGAGAGGGUGGUCUCUCCCGGCAUAGAUAUAUCAGGACUGAAUCUAACCGGCUCUAGGCCCGGCUCGGCGCUGAUGGUCAAAGACGAGCACGAUUUCGACGGACAGCAGAGCCUGCCCGCCAUCGAGGAGGGGCGCUCCAUGCAGACCAUCCAACACCCUCCAUCUGGUGGCCGCCCAGGACCCUCUGACUUGUUUGCCCCUGCCAACAUGCUCCCUCCUGCUGAGGCGUCCACCUCUGCCUCCACGUCAUCUUUCCCUACCGUUGCCACAGGAUCAGGCAGCGGCAGCACCACCUGGUCAAGGAGCAGCAGCUUCACCCCCAACACGUCGCACCACAGCAACGGUCACCUCCAGCACCACCCUCCCAUGCCACAGCCGGCACACUACUGGUCUGUCCAUGAUGAGUUUGCCUUUCAGCCUCCCAUAUCCAACCAUCCUGCCCCAGACUACUGGUGCUCCAUCGCCUAUUUUGAGAUGGACCUGCAGGUGGGGGAGACCUUCAAGGUGCCGUCCUCGUGCCCCAUAGUGACGGUGGACGGCUACGUGGACCCGUCGGGCGGGGACAGGUUCUGUCUGGGCCAGCUGAGCAACGUCCAUCGCACUGAGGCCAUUGAGAGAGCAAGGCUUCACAUCGGGAAAGGCGUCCAGCUGGAGUGUAAAGGCGAGGGAGACGUGUGGGUGCGAUGCCUCAGCGACCACGCUGUCUUUGUGCAGAGUUACUACUUGGACAGAGAGGCGGGCCGAGCGCCAGGAGACGCUGUUCAUAAGAUCUACCCCAGCGCUUACAUCAAGGUGUUCGACCUCCGCCAGUGUCACAGGCAGAUGCAGCAGCAGGCGGCCACCGCUCAGGCAGCGGCGGCAGCGCAGGCGGCCGCCGUGGCCGGAAACAUCCCCGGUCCGGGCUCGGUGGGAGGCAUAGCUCCAGCCAUCAGUCUCUCCGCCGCCGCCGGCAUCGGCGUGGACGACCUGCGGCGACUGUGCAUCCUCCGCAUGAGCUUCGUCAAAGGCUGGGGGCCCGACUACCCCCGGCAGAGCAUCAAGGAGACGCCGUGCUGGAUCGAGAUCCACCUCCACAGGGCUCUGCAGCUACUGGACGAGGUCCUGCACACCAUGCCCAUCGCGGACCCUCAACCUCUAGACUAAGAGGACAAGAAGGAACGUCCUUGAUUUUGUGAGAUUUUUUGGGGGGCGGGGAUUUGACGGUGCUGUAGGACAUUGUAGUGUUUCCGAAGCACCCCCCCAUAAAGGAAUCACUGUGUAUCCAUCAAGCUGCUGGUAGACAACUAGACCAGAGUGCUGUGUUCUUUUCAAGCUAAAUGCUAGCUGGAUUCUUUACAUACUGUGUAUCAUUAUUUUUGGCUGUUGGCUUUUUUUUCUUUUUUUACCAGGCUGAUCAUCGAGGAGCAUCUUCAUUCAGUACACCUGCACAGUCUAAGCAUGGUCUUACAGCCGUGCAGCAAGUGCAAACCUCAAUAGGACAGGUCACAUCUUUUAGGGCAGGGGUGUCAAACUCGUGCCAUGGAGGGCCGAGACACUGCAGGUUUUCUUUCCAGCCAGUCACUAAAGCAGGUGAUUUUAAUGAUCAACACCUUCAGUUUGAGGGAAGGAGCUCAUCAAUUAAACUGCUGAAGAAACUGGUUGGAGAGAAAACCUGCAGCAUCUCGGCCCUCCAGGGCACGAGUUUGACACGUGUGUCUUAGGGUGUCAAACUGAAACGUCCCCUGUGAUGUAAAGGUGACUUUUUAAUGAGGUUCUAAUAGUAAUGUGUGUCCCUAGAGCCCGUCUCCCCUCACUUGUUUGUUCCACUUUUCGGAGAAGAGGUGCUCACACACACGCAGCUAGAUGGGCACACCAUGUACCAUGGGGGGGGGGGGAGCUCUGCCAACUAUUCCUCAUUUGAUUGUGCAGGUGUACCUAACGUGGAAGACAUCAGAUUCAUUGAAAUCGGUAUUAAGAGGUAAAAACAGCAUUUUCUAGUUAUUUGAAUACAUGGUUUUGCAACAAGGGUUUGUUUUUGUACCUUUUUAUGAAGUGAUUUUAAUAUAUUUUAGCACUCGUCUCGUUUAAUAACCAUUUCAUUGUUCAUAUGCAGCUACUUAGUGGUUUCAUUUGUAUUGAAAAAAAUAACACUAAUACAUGAUGUUGUUUUUGUUGUUAGUCCUAUUUUACAUGCUGUGUAUAAGUAGUGCAUGCUCGUGGACUCAUAGCUGAUGUCAAUGAUUUCCAUUAGUUCACUUUUACGUAAAUAAACAAUAUUCACUGAUACAUCGGUGUGGUUU